AUGCCAGUAGUCAGUCACGAGGGUAACGAGUUUCACCUCUCGCAUACGGAGGAGGACAAAUUGAACGAGUUCCAGGUCAUCACGGAUUUCCCCCCAGAUGACUUGCCGGACGUGGUGAAGCUGUUAAGGAACCACGGUUGGCAGCUGGAGCCCGCAUUGAGCAGGUAUUUCGACGGGGAAUGGAGGGAUGGCUCCGAGGACGGGAUGGGAGAGCCCACUGCCACAGCCACGCCCAUUCCCACGCCCAUGGCAGAGGAGUUGGCGUGGACUCCGCCCGUGUUGGGUCCCAGGCCUCUAUCAUUUACAGCUGCAUUGCCCGUAGUCAGACCAUUGCCAGCGAGCUUCCGUCAUGAUUUUAGAACCAUUGGGCUGAACGGACGCUCCAAUACCGUAUGGUCCAUGUUCGAGUCCUUCAGUUACAACGGUAACCCCUUUCUUUUUGUUUUGCUGCUGAUCCCGCGGAUUAUCAACAGGCUAUCAGCCACCAUAUUCACGUUUCUUUGCACUCUGUUGUCUUUGCAUUCGAUUGGCAGUGAAGGCAAUGCAGGCAAGCCCAGGAUCGCCAAAGUCCCUAAAGCGCCCACAAGAGAAACGCAAAUCCCCAUUUCUGAAAUACUGGGCAACACUAAGGACGCCGACGAAUUUUGCCAGUUAAAAAGCUUCGAUCCGGAUGUUUCCUUCAAUGAGGUACUACGCAUUGCGAAGGAGGAGUUCAAGUUCGUACUGCUCGUCCUAGUGGGCAAUACGUGCGACGACGACCACGACGGCGACACUACCACCACGGAUGUUAACUCCAAGCUACUAUUGAAGAAAAUUCUGCUGAACAAAAAGACUUUGCAGUACCUGCACAAGAUCGAUGAUGACUUGGUGAUAUACCUGAAGUGCGUCCAGGAGCUGGAACCUUGGUUAAUUGCUCAGCAAUUGGAGGUCAGAAACACCCCGGAGAUCUUUCUCAUUGCCAACGUCUCCAACAAGAUUUCCCAUUCAGAGACUGUGCCCUUGCAAAGGCUCUCUAUUCUUGGCAAACUGAAGAUUAACUCGCUAAACAAGUUUCUGCAGUCGUUGACCAAUGUGGUGGAAAGAUACAGCCCAGAGUUGAUUGUUAACAGAACUGAAAUGAAUGAGCUACGCAUGUCAAGAGAAAUCAAAAAAUUACAAGAGGACGCGUAUAUGAAAUCAUUAGAAAUGGACAGACUCAAAGCCCUGGAGAAGGAAAAAAGCUUGAAGCUGGUCCAAGAUUUGAAAUUGGACGCGACUAGCCACCAACUAAACUGGCUGAAGGCCUGCAUUGACGAACUCCAGCCUUUAGAUACAACAGCAAAGCAGACGACUCUGCAGUUCAGAACCUCCAGCGGCAAAAGGUUCGUUAAGAAGUUUCCCUCCAUGACCACGCUUUACCAAAUCUACCAAUCCAUCGGGUGUCACAUGUACCUCGAAGUGUACUCUAGUGACCCCGCACAAUGGGCCAGCGCCCUCCAGGAAAAGAUCAGCCAGUUGGCCGCAGACGCUGCCGUGCUCUGCUUCAAGGACGAGCAGCCCGAUACAAGCACCGCAGCUACCAUUGAAGGGCUUGGCGACAUCAUCAGUAACGAGCUUGCUUCCUUCGAUCUUGAACAGGGCAAACUCCAAUUCGACUUCGAACUGGUGUCGCCCUACCCCAAGUACACCGUGCAUCCCGACGAAAAGCUUUCGGUGGACCAGGUGCCUCAACUAUGGCCCAACGGCAGUCUUCUGGUUGAAGCUCUCGUUGAAGAAGAAGAAGAUGAUGAUGAUGCUGACGACGACGAAUAA